AUACCAUGUGUGGUUCUCAACAAUUCCUGUGAAACUUAUUGAAGGAAACGAUUAUUAAAAAACUGUUAAUUGUCUUCACAUUUUUGGAUUUUCGAGUCUCCACAUUUUUCGAAACAAAUGGAAGUUGACCUGAUAAACAGGGAAAUCUGUUACUCGGAAUUUUACGAAGAAUAUCUUGUCAAGAAUAAAAUAUGCAUGUUGUCAAAGUCGUUUACAGAUUCGUGGUCCUGCAGGAAACAUUGGGUUGACAAUGAAGUACCCAACUGGGAAAAUCUCUUGGAGAAUUAUGGUGAAGCAGAAGUUCCAGUAGCAAAUUGUGGUGAGGCAUAUUUUGAUUCUCACUCGAAAUCAAACUGGACUCUUACAGACUUUAUCACUUAUAUUAAGGAAUAUAGAAAGAAAAACUACUCUACUGAAAUGCCCUGUUUAUAUUUGAAAGAUUGGCACUUGUUUAAAAACUUUCACAGCUCAGAAGGAAUGUAUGAGACACCCAUAUAUUUUUCCGUUGACUGGUUGAAUGAAUACUGGAUUCAAGGCAACAAAGAUGAUUACAGAUUUGUGUACAUUGGUCCACAAGGGAGUUGGACUCCUCUCCAUGCGGAUGUGUAUGGUUCAUUUAGCUGGUCUGCCAAUGUAGUUGGGAAGAAGCGAUGGAUAUUUUUCCCGCCUGGCGAAGAACUGAAGCUAAAAUCGUUAUUAGGAAUCUCUUGCCUUCCACGUGAUUUGGGGGAGAUUGAUCUUUCAUCAAUGAAAAUCACAUAUUUUGACUUAAUCCAAAACGCUGGUGAAAUUGUAUUUGUCCCAUCUGGUUGGUUUCAUCAAGUCUGGAAUCUGGAAGAUACCAUAUCUAUCAAUCACAACUGGUUUAAUGGCGCCAAUGUAAAUUACAUUUACCAGGGACUUGGCAAAGCGUCCAAGGAGAUCCAAGACGAAGUAUCCGGCUACGGUACCACUCUCGACACGGAGCAACUAGAAAUUUUCCUCGACAGUCAUUACGGAAUGAAUUUCCAGCAAUUUCAUCAACUUUUACAAACGGUCAUCGAUCGAAGAGAUUCGGGAUUUUUAAAGAUUCAUUCGUCGAAACCUUGUCAUUCGUGUUCCGGUGACCAGCUGUGCAAGGAUCAACACCACUGUGAUGUAGACCGUCAGGUAGCUCUUCAGAUUCUUAAAUUAUUGAGUAAUAAAUAAAUAUUGAAUA